GGCAGAAGAAGAGGAUAUUUGUUAGCAUGUAGCUAUGUAGGGAAAAGUGUUUGUCUGAGGUAUUUAAUGUUUAGCUUAAUUAGAGAAAAUGGCUGCGCAGUAUCCAGUUGAGUCGUUUAUUGUAGGAGAGUCAAGUUCUGCGGUUAAUAAUAACCUCAAACAUGUAUUAGUCGCACCGAGUGCUCAAGCUAAAGGGAAGAAACGAGCUGUGAGCCCGGCGGCUCAGCCGCUAACACAACCGAACAGCAGCAACAACAAACGGAGGAAAGUGCACUCAGUGUCCGGGGUCAGUCACAGCACUCAGAUUCUCCCAGUGGAAUUGGUGGAUGGAAAGUUGGUUACUACAGUGGAUGUAGGUGCAGAACCGGUUUCAAAGCCCCUGUCUUUUAAAGACCCCAACUUUGUGCACUCUGGUAUCGGCGGGGCGGCUGCAGGGAAAAAGAAUCGGACGUGGAAGAACCUGAAGCAGAUUCUGGCAGCAGAGAGAGCGCUGCCCUGGAGAAUCAGUGAUCCUAACUAUUAUAACAUAGAUGCUCCUCCUUCCCUGAAGCCUCCUAAAAAGUAUUCUGAUAUUUCAGGCUUACCGGCAAACUACACAGACCCUCAGACUAAGCUGCGGUUUACCUCAUCUGAAGAGUUUUCGUACAUCCGUCUCCUACCUACAGAUGUAGUGGCGGGCUACCUGGCAUUACGAAAAGCCACCUGCAUCGUGCCCUGAUCAUCUCUCUCUCUCUCACACACGUUCAUGUCCAAUUUUCUGAAUACAUGAAGACAACACUGGACUCGCUUCAAACGUUGUGUUCAGGAAAUUACAUCAGGCACUAGUGACUUCCUGAGUAUGACACAAGAUCACAGAAACUCAUUUGUUAUGAUCCUUGUUAAUGGCAAAGUUGUACAUGUGUAUCACUGUGAGGUAAUAUCUUAUUGAAUUGUAUUUAAGAUUCAUUCUCAAUAUUUGGUUUAUUAGAUGUUAAAUGAUUGACUCACAAAGCUAUUUUGUAUGUUUGUUUGCUGUAUAAUAUAAAGCUGGGGCUUUUAAA